UUAAUGCCGCCAUGACAUUUUAGUGGAAGAACGAAAAAAUAUACACACCGUACCACAGAAGAGCCAAAAAAAUGUGUUGGAAAAAGAGUUUUUAAGUUCGUUUCGUUUUUUCAAAUGUUGAUCAAAAUUUUCCGAUUGCGCUAGUUUACCAUUCGGAUAUUGUAAAUCCGAAACAAAUUUUGAUAAACUUUUUGCCACACACAUUUACAACAGUGUACCAAGUGACAUCAAUGAACAUUUUCGGCGGAACAUUUUUGGCAACCGAGCUAAUUUCACAAAAUCGAAUGAUUACGAUUGCAUUCACACCGCAUAACAAAUUGUUUGGAAUAAAAAAGCCAAUAAUAAGAAAAAACACAGCAAACUCAACGAUUCCAAUCGACAAACCGAAAAAAAAUCUAUCAAACAAGUGGUCAACGAACGAACUGUCGACGAAAAGGCCGCAUAACAGUUUACAAUUGUUACAUUUGUAAAAGGCCGACACACAAAAAGAAAUCAAUCUUCUUUUUCAUAUAAUAUAUUUUUUACACACUAACUCAACGCAUUUCAAUAUCAAACGAUAUUUGUAUUUGGUGAACGAUAAAAUUUAAAGCCAUAGAGAACACCAAACAUCAUACCUUCGCUCUCAUACUUUCACGCACAUACAUACACACAUCUACCAAACACAAACACAAUCAGAUAUAUUCACUUUAUACCGCCAAACAAACGUUCUAACAUCAUUUCGACCAAACAAUAUACUCCACCAAGAGACACAUCGUGGCAGAGAAAAUUGGUGAUCUAACAAAUUAUUACAACCAGAUGCCAUCUGCAAUUGGUGGCAGCGUUCCUGUUGGUGUUGGUAACAAUGCUAGUGGGACAGUUAGUGGCACAGGUACCGGUGGUAGUACGACGCAUUCAACAUCGGCAAAUGCAUCCGGACAAAUACCAAACAAUGAAGAAUGUGGAAUUCGUGAUGUGUGGCGACACAAUUUAGAAGAAGAAUUCCGCACAAUUCGUCAAAUCGUACAAAAAUACAAUUAUGUUGCAAUGGACACAGAGUUUCCGGGUGUGGUGGCUCGUCCAAUUGGUGAAUUUCGAUCAGCCGCCGAUUAUCAAUAUCAAUUGCUUAAGUGUAAUGUCGAUCUGUUGCGCAUCAUUCAAUUGGGUCUCACAUUUAUGGAUGACGAAGCAAAAACGCCUAGCGGUUACUCAACAUGGCAGUUUAAUUUCAAAUUUAAUAUACAAGAGGAUAUGUACGCCCAAGAUUCAAUCGAUUUGCUGAUAAAUUCUGGCAUUCAAUUUAAAAAACACGAAGAAGAAGGUAUCGAUCCAAUGGAAUUUGCCGAAUUAUUGAUGACAUCAGGCAUUGUGCUCAUGGACAAUAUUAAGUGGUUGAGCUUUCAUUCCGGCUACGAUUUUGGCUACCUACUUAAGUUAUUAACCGAUCAAAAUUUGCCGGCCGAAGAGGGUGAAUUUUUUGAAUUGUUGCGAUUGUACUUUCCAACCAUCUACGAUGUUAAGUAUUUAAUGAAAUCGUGUAAAAAUUUGAAAGGCGGCCUACAAGAGGUGGCCGAUCAAUUGGAAUUACGACGCGUUGGACCGCAACAUCAAGCCGGCUCCGAUUCACAUCUCACCGGUAUGGCUUUCUUCAAAAUGAGAGAGAUGUUCUUUGAGGAUAACAUCGACAACGCAAAAUAUUGUGGCCAUCUGUAUGGCCUAGGCAACACAUUUAUAAUAAAUGGAAAUAACUAUCACGACAACGGGGACACAAAUUCUUCAUGAUGUGAUUUACAAGCGAUAACACCGUCACCGCCACUACCGCCACCGCCGCCGAUUUAAACAAGAAAUAAAAAGAAAUUCUAUAAAUCAAUCAACAAAACAAACAAAAUUAAUGUAUGCGUUUUUUGUAAACCGAGUGUCGUACCUUUUUUAUACUCUACGCAUGUACGUGAAUGUUUAAAAAAAAAAGCACAUUUCUAUGCUAUAUUCGUUUAUUCAAAGUGCUUCUCUGUCUGUGAAUAUAUUGUCAUCACAUGAAUACAUUUUUUUAAAUAAAAAAAAUACCAUAAGAAAAUGUAACAUUCAUACAUACAAACAACUAUUCCAUAACUGCGGUCAAGUGAACUAAAUCAAAUCAAACAAAACUUCUAUGUUAUGUUUUU